CUGGUUAAGAGAUGAUAGCCAUAGCUGCAAGUAGUUUACGGAGAGAGAUUCAGAUGAAAAAAUCUAGACCGGUUUGGUACCCUAGAACUAGGUAGUAAGUAACGACCGUUAUUGAAAUGAAAAAAGGGAUGAUAAACAACCGCUAAGCAAGAUACUGAAUAGCAAUAAAACAGAUUCUGAGGGAAGUAAAGUUGAAGGUCACUCACCAUUUUUGGUAAACAAAGUGACGUCUUCAGCAGGGACAGAUACAAAAAUGAGAAGCAAAAACAAAGGAGAUGAGCUACAACAUCAUGAUGAACAAAUCGAAGAAACCAAAAGUUUGUUGACAAAAAUGAAUAUGUCCCGCUCCCGAAGCGGUUAAUAGAAAAAGAUGGCGGUCACACCCGGAGGCAGUACCGCGGCUGCGAAAAAUGAAGGUGCUGCCCCGUCGGCAUCCUCUAGUACUGUCUCGCGGACCGCCUCAACCUCGACCGUACGGACGAUAUACACAAAUGCCUCGGGGGAAAUCAAUGCCCCACUGUGGAGAUACGAGAAUGACAUCAGCGGCCACAGCGCUACUUCCGUUCAGGUUGGCAAUGCGCCUGCGACGUCGUCCUCGUCGAAGCGAUUUAUCGACAAUCUUGGCGUCUCCCCGGUUGCAAGGCGGACAGAGCCGCAUCAAAGUACACUUCGAAACAACAAAAGGCCGGUAGUGUCCUCGUCAAAAGGGAAAGGGAAGCAAGCAGGGGACCCGCCUAACAUGUCUCUCAAUCUGACGAAGCACAUGACGCACAACAGCCACUAUGUCAACAAGAGUGUUCUGCAGGAAGGCACGGCAUUCAGUGGUAAGAACCCGCGGAGUACUAGUAAAGGACCAUAUUCGUAUUCCCCUGGUGGGGCACCAGCCACAAAAGAUAGCACUAGGGCUACUUCAACAACAGCAACAGGCCGCGCUUUGGGAGACCUUCGCUGGGCGCAUGGGUGCAACACGCGGCGGCAGCUGCGGGACGUUUUGCGCAAUGAAGGGGAUGCGGACAUCAUUGAGGUCGACGUGACCGUCGGGAAAUUGCUUCGGGACGGGCGCGAAAAGGUGAUUGUGGAUUUCCCAAAAUUCUUCGACUUCAAUUGCGUCGGGGCGCGGAAGAAGUUUCAAUGCCGCAGGAAGCUGGAGGAAGAGGAGCUGGGUGGCAGUUGCAGCGGCGGCGUAGGAGCAACAUCUUCUGGGGCAAGUAGAACUACAAGUCGCGGCACUACAGCUGGAGCAGGUGGACAUCACCUGCACUCGGGUGGGGGACCCGCGACCCCGAGAGACGUGUACGAGGACAUGGAUGACGGCGAGCAGCUGAUUUUAUGCCAUUUUCCCUACACAAAGUCGGACUUGAGUUUGGCCGAGUUUCUGCGAGUGCUGUGCGAAGAAAAUGACGCGUACUACAAGGAAAAAACGGCACGGGAAGUAGCGUGCUCUACUACGAGAGCAUCUUCUUGUGGUCACCAGCGGACAAACAGCGCAAACUACGAUCAAGGUGGACGACUACAGCAGGGAGUAGAGAAUGGCUGCAGGGCGACCGCAACUGAGCAACAAGCAGAGUACUAUCCUUCUGGUGCUGUUGAGCUUUGUCGCGAUUGGUCUUGGCCAGCUGCGAUCACUAGCUCCCACUGGCCGCAUUCGCAGGCAACUGACGAUGAAUUCGCACCCAUAAUUCCUCCUGCUGAAGCUGUUGCGAAUAGCUUGAAGCUGGACGAUUUCACACCUAUACGAAGUACAACACCUGCUCCUGCAGAUUAUGAUUACAGCAGGCAGUUCGACCCUCCCGCGCGUGCGCGUGCCGCGACCUCAGGCCCAACUUUCUGGACCGGCGGAAGAAAGAACGGCCCUACGAAAGAUGAUUUGACGUCUGGUUCCUUCCUUGAACUCGAAGAGCUGUCAACGAGUAGUUUUUCGAGAAGCGGAACCGAUACCGAAGAACCACCUCGUCGUCCUGAUGCUCCUCAAGAUGCGAAACACAAUCACGACACCGUCGCUCUUAGUACUCCAACGGCAAGAACAUCAAACACAAGAAAGAUUGCUCUAGACGACGGGAAUUUUUCGCGAGGCAGCCAAAGCACGGAAAAAAGUUCAUCGUCUGCGAAGAAGCGGGCGCCCAUUAGCUCUACCACGGAUGGUGCGGCAGCCGCCUCGAAGUCUUCCAAGAAUUCAUUUUCCGGGACGAGCAGAGCCUUGUUUGUGAAUACCACUGACCUUCACCACCUCGCGCUUCCGGAAGCGCGCGACAGCUCCGCGUCUACUGCUUCGACGUCCGCCACGUCGGACAAAACAACAACAUCGGGGAUGAUGAAUGGGGCAACCAGCGAGACGGACAGGGAUACCGAUCGACACGAGGAUCACGUGGGUUUUUUGUUCGACAACCGCUCAGGAGGCAGUAGUUUUCCCGGGGAGCCAACAAUGUCCUCGGGAUCACUAGCAAGUGACAGCAAAAAUAGAAAUUCUGAAGGAAUUAGGACUGGCACAAAUACUGCUCCACCUUUGUCAACCUCGGCAACCUCAACAGCAUUUCCCUCAUCCACUUCUACGAAAAAACGCAGACUCCGUCCGUUGGGUGUGAAACUUGAUUUCAAAACCCAGCGCGCGUUGAAGCCGGCCCUGCACUUGCUCAAGAAGUUGAACGCUACUGCGCGACUCCCGGUGGUGAUUCUGAAUGCCGACGUGCUGCACGGGCCGUGUUCCAUGUCCGAACGGUAUCUCCCAGUGCUGGAAGCCAAGACCUUCGUGCAGAUGUGCGUCGAGCGCUGUCCAGAAGCGGUCCUGAGUCUCAGCUGGCUCGCCGGCGAUCACGCGAUAAGCAGCAGGAAUCGGGUGUAUACGGACCAGAUGAUCGAAAAAAUGCUCGGAAUUGUAUAGGAAUUUUGUACGCUGACGCAUAUGCUUCAUUGUCGCAUACUUAUUCUGCGGUUUGAUACAUCAAGCGUGAAAAUGCAGUGCAGUGAUUGUGAUAACCAUAAGUGCAGCGAACUUGAACUUCUUUUCUACUUCGAAAAUAAGAAUUGCCGUAAAAUAAAUAAAAAUCAAAAUUUAGGUGCUUUUCCCUUUGAUCGACGAUGGUUCUGGGCUUAUCCGAUCUCCCGCCAACGCUGCGCGCCACAUCACUUUUGCGGUCUGUGCCCAGUACGCUGCAGCCUCGAAACUCGUUUUUGACAAGUUACUAUGCAUUGCAAAAGUAUCGUACUAGUACAAAUCGCAAUACAAAUUUUUCCAGAAGGAAAAAUGGAAUUUGUAAUGCUGAUUUCGCUAAGAAACAAGAUUUGUCAUGCAUGAUUGCAAUUAGUUUUAGUACGAGGACGAUACUUGUUUUGCACAGGAUAGUUACUGCGGCACGUACCCUCUGCCUCACUGACACUAUACACCGGGUCCUGGUCCCGGGGCAUCACGCCAGAGCAUAUGCAUUGCAAGUAUGUCUGGGUCUCCUGGAAGAAAUUGCGAGAUUUCUCAUGCUAGUUUGGCAUGACUCUGAACUCUGUAUUGCGUGGCCACGAAGACCUCCUCUUGUCUGUCAUGCAAAAGCGAUGUUUCUCAUGCGGUAUACGCAACACAGAGCCACGAGAAAAUCUGUCAUGCUUGGCGGUGCAUUACAGUGCGCUUUCUGUUCCCUGACAUGCAUCGCAAGUUUCCAGACCCAGACAUAUUUGCACUUGAUAGAGCAUCUGGACGAACUAAAGCAGCUCUUCCCCUCCAGCCGCACCUUCUUCGACGUGCGGUUGAGGAACGGAAACGGGGCGGCAGCGAGAUAG